GGGAGAGAUGCGCAGGAGACGGUGUCUGUUUGUUGGUUUUCUGGGAGCUCUGAAAAUGCUGCUUUUUAUAAGUGUUUGUUGGUGUAAGGAGCUGGACAGUGCUCGCUCACGGCAAGUCCCCAUGUCCCCCUCGGACUUCCUGGACAAACUCAUGGGAAGAACGUCUGGAUACGACGCUCGCAUCAGACCCAACUUUAAAGGCCCUCCCGUCAAUGUGUCCUGCAACAUCUUCAUCAACAGUUUUGGCUCCAUCGCUGAGACCACCAUGGACUACCGGGUCAACAUUUUCUUGAGGCAGCAGUGGAAUGACCCCCGUCUGGCCUACAGCGAGUACCCUGACGACUCCUUGGAUCUGGACCCCUCCAUGUUGGACUCCAUCUGGAAACCUGACCUGUUUUUCGCCAACGAGAAGGGGGCGCACUUCCACGAGGUCACCACCGACAACAAGCUGUUGCGCAUCUUCAAGAACGGAAACGUGCUCUACUCCAUCAGGCUCACGCUCACAUUAUCCUGCCCCAUGGAUCUUAAAAACUUUCCUAUGGAUGUUCAGACCUGUAUCAUGCAACUGGAGAGCUUUGGGUACACGAUGAACGACCUGAUCUUUGAGUGGCAGGAGAACGGCCCUGUGCAGGUGGCAGAAGGACUCACUCUGCCCCAGUUCAUCCUGAAAGACGAGUCUGACCUACGCUACUGCACCAAGCACUACAAUACAGGUAAAUUCACAUGUAUUGAGGUACGAUUCCACCUUGAGCGUCAGAUGGGUUACUACCUGAUCCAGAUGUACAUCCCAUCUCUCCUCAUCGUCAUCCUGUCCUGGGUCUCCUUCUGGAUUAACAUGGAUGCAGCUCCGGCUCGUGUGGCACUCGGCAUCACCACGGUGCUCACUAUGACGACGCAGAGCUCUGGGUCACGUACCUCCCUACCCAAGGUGUCAUAUGUGAAGGCCAUAGACAUCUGGAUGGCUGUUUGCCUGUUGUUCGUCUUCUCUGCUCUGCUUGAAUACGCGGCGGUGAACUUUGUAUCAAGACAACACAAAGAACUACUGCGAUUCAGACGUCAUCACAAGCCCAAGACCAAGUCCGUCCCGGGUGCUGUAGACCCAGAGGAGCUGGCUGAGUCCCUGAGGAGAGUCACCAACAAUGGGCACAGGGCCUCAGAGCCUCUGUACGGGUCUAUGGGCAAUCUGUACUCCAACCACCAACUUGAGGCAGAGAUCCAGGAGAGCAGGUUGGCCAUCACAUCCACUCCGAGCUCCACCAAAGACCCCAAGACCUCCUUAAACCACGCCCUGAGCUCCUCCACAAACCCAGGGCCAGAGCCAGGGCCCAACGGGGCCACUGCACCCACUGCACCCACUACAGGGGGGCGCAGCACAGAAGAGAUGAGGAAACUUUUCAUCGACCGAGCCAAAAAGAUAGACACAGUAUCCAGAGCGGGUUUCCCUUUAGCCUUCCUUUUCUUUAAUAUCUUUUACUGGGUUCUCUAUAAGAUCCUGAGACAUGAGGACUUUCACGCACAGUAG